CUCUCCCCCCACUACUCUCACCACCGUCUCUCUCUCUGGCGAGGAGGAAGCAGCAGCAGCAGCCAUGGACCCCUCCUCGCUCUGUGCGCCCGGGCGCGCGAGCUGAAGCGAAGAUUGUAUUCUCCCCCACCACCACCACCACCAAACCCCAUCUCCCGUCUGCGCAAAAAUUAAAUAAUAUACAUUUAUAUAAACCCCCUCGUAUUUAAUUCAACAUAAAUGUUGCAAUCUCAAGCGUCGAGCGUGAGCGACGAGGCGGUUGGUUAAUAUUUGGCGGUGUUCCCCCCUCUCGGUGUGGGUUUUUUUUAUUUUCACAUUUUUUUUUGGUCUCUCUCCCCUCUCCUCACUGUGACAUUGUCGUUGUGGAGACGGGAGGAGCCGUGAUUCAGGAGGAGGAGGAGGUGGUGGUGGUGCUGGUGGUGGUGCCGGGGUCGAUGUCUCAGAGUCCAUGACGACGGCGACGACGACGACCAAGACGAUGGUGAUGAGGAGGAUGAUGGUGAUGAUGAUGGAAACGAUGAGGAUGACGAUGGGGGUGAUGAGGAGGGAGGGGGUGAUGGCGACGGUGAGGAUGGGCACGGGGGUGAUGAGGAGGGAGAUGACGAUGGUGAUGGGAAGACGGCCAGCGGGGAUGGCGAAGGUGACAACAGCGCUGUGGUUGAAGGUGAUGCUGGUGAUGAUGCUGGUGAUGGCCAGAGCAACCGGCAGCACUUUUCCAUCCUAUGUCCAUAUCGGAGCCCUCUUCAUCCCGCACAUGGAACAGGAGUACGAGGCGUUCCGCUUCGGGAUUUAUCUGCACAACAGCGACCCCAACAUGACCAUGGCGCCCUUCCAGCUGCAGUCUCGCGUCGACCACCUGCAUUCGGCCAACAGCUUCGACAUCACCAACGCAUUCUGCUCACAGUUUACGCGCGGCGUGUACGCUAUCUUCGGCUUCUACGACAAGCACUCGGUGCACACGCUGACGUCAUUCUGCGGGGCACUUCACGUCUCCUUGCUGACGCCGUCGCAUCCGGCCGAUGGCCCCAUGCAAUUCGUGCUGCAGCUGAGACCACCGGUCAGCGGGGCACUGCUCGGGGUGCUGGGCCGCGCCAACGCCUCCCGCCUCCUCUACUUCUUCGACACGCACAGAGGUCUCUCCGUCCUACAGACGGUAUUGGAAGCCGCUGCUCAUAACGGCUGGCAGGUGAGCGCGGUGAACGUGGAGGAGAAUGGAGCCGAGGAAGCUCUCCGCACGGCCUUCACGUCGAUCGACUCGGCGCACGACCCCCGCUACGUGGUGUUGGAUUGCGAGCCAGCCGUCACGCAGAAGACCAUCACCCAGAUUAUCAAUAUCGGCAAGAAUGUCAAGGGAUAUCACUACAUCCUCGCCAAUCUGGGUUUCUCGGACAUGAGUCUCGAGACCCUGCAGCGUGGCGGCGCAAAUGUCACCGGCUUCCAGAUCGUCGACUACACUAAGCCCAUGGUCCAGAAAUUCAUGCAGCGCUGGAAACAGUUGGAUGGGAGAGAGUUCCGAGGAUCACAUGACGGCCCCUUCAAGUACACGUCUGCGCUGUCAUACGACGCAGUGCUGGUGCUGGCCGAGGCGUUCCGUUACCUGCGGACUCGGCGCACGGACAUCCUGAGGCGCGGCGUGGCCGGGGACUGCCUCGCCAAUCCAGCCGUGCCCUGGAACCAGGGCAUCGAGAUCGAGCAAGCUCUCAAACAUGUGCGUGUGUCAGGACUCACGCAGAACAUUCAGUUUGAUGGCUUUGGAAGACGGACGAACUACUCCAUCCUGGUCAUGGAGAUGAAGGAGACUGGCCCAAAGCAGACCGGGUUCUACACUGAGUCCAUGGGGCUGAAGAUGCCAACGGACAACGUCGUGGAGAAGGAGUUGACCGAAUCCAACAAUCACACGUAUGUGGUGUCGACCAUCAUGGAGGCCCCGUACGUGAUGUUGCGCAAGAACUCGGAAUUACUGGAGGGGAACGAGCGCUACGAGGGCUACUGUGUGGACUUGGCAUUGGAGAUCGCACGCCACGUGAACAUCAAAUACCACCUCGCCAUCGUGCCCGACUCCAAGUACGGCGAGAAGAACUCCGAAUCGGGCACGUGGAACGGCAUCGUGGGGGAACUCAUCUAUGGGAAAGCCGACCUGGCCGUGGCUCCGCUGACGAUCACGCUGGUGCGCGAGGAGGUCAUCGACUUCUCCAAGCCAUUCAUGAGUCUGGGCAUCUCCAUCAUGAUCAAGAAGCCGCAGAAGUCCAAACCUGGGGUGUUUUCGUUCCUCGACCCGCUCGCCUAUGAGAUCUGGAUGUGCAUCGUGUUUGCCUACAUCGGCGUGAGCGUCGUGCUCUUCCUCGUCAGCCGCUUCAGCCCCUACGAGUGGCGACCCGACGACAGCGCCGCCACCUUUGACGACGGAGGAGGUCUCGGGGGCAGGGACCUGGGCGCCAGCAUCGCCAACGGGGGUGGCCUCAGCCUGGUGGGCUCGGUGUACGGUGGGGCCGGCGGUGCCGGUAUGGCUGGAACCGCCUUCGUGGGAACCGUCUCCACCGAGCAGCCCAACGAGUUCGGCAUUUUCAACAGUCUCUGGUUCUCCCUGGGCGCCUUCAUGCGCCAGGGCUGCGACAUCUCCCCUAGGUCCCUGUCUGGCCGUAUCGUUGGUGGGGUCUGGUGGUUCUUCACCCUCAUCAUCAUCUCGUCCUACACGGCCAACCUGGCUGCUUUCCUCACGGUCGAGCGCAUGGUGUCGCCCAUCGAGAGCGCCGAGGACCUGGCUAAGCAGACGGAGAUUGCGUACGGAACCCUUGAAGCUGGCUCCACCAAGGAGUUCUUCCGGCGCUCCAAGAUUGCGGUGUAUGACAAGAUGUGGUCGUACAUGAAGUCAGCGGAGCCAUCUGUGUUCGUUAAGACAACGGCGGAGGGGGUGGCGCGCGUGCGCAAGUCCAAGGGCAAGUACGCGUACCUGCUCGAGUCCACGAUGAACGAGUACAUCGAGCAGCGCAAGCCGUGUGACACUAUGAAAGUCGGCGGCAACCUCGACUCCAAGGGCUAUGGCAUCGCAACACCCAAGGGCUCCAGUUUUAGAAACUCCGUAAACCUGGCCGUUCUUAAGCUCAACGAGCAGGGGCUGUUAGACAAGCUCAAAAAUAAGUGGUGGUAUGACAAGGGGGAGUGCGGCAGCAACACGGGAGACUCAAAGGAUAAGACGAGCGCUCUGAGCCUCAGUAAUGUGGCCGGCGUUUUCUACAUCCUCGUGGGUGGACUCGGUCUCGCCAUGCUCGUGGCGCUCGUGGAGUUCUGCUGCAAAUCCCGCGCCGAAGCCAAGCGCCUUAAGCUGGCGUUUGGCGAGGCGCUGCGUAGUGAGGGGCGGCUGUCUCUGACGGGCAGCCUGGGCGAGAACGGGCGGAUGUUGGGCGCCGACUUCCCCCGCGCGCUUCACGCGCUGCCCGUCAUGCGGCAUGGGCACAGCGUCACCGACCUCUCCUAGGCCCCCGCCGCCGGUUUCGACGCUGCCUGGCCGCUUGAAAGGAUCGCGAGCCCGCAGCCUGCACCACCGUUAAAAGACCAACCCGGGGAAAGGCUUCAAAGCCAAACACUACAACUAAAAACAAACACCUUUUUUCAUGCCUUCGAUAGUCCCCACGAAAGCGUCCGCCUUUGAAACAAAAGUGCAUCGAGAAAACAAAACACGAUUGUACAAAAAUGUGCUCGCCUUGAGAGACAAAAGUGUGGCAGAUUCGUGAAUUUGUUUGGAUGGGCGAGUGGUGCGGUUAGCGGCCGUGGGAUGGUUAUCUUAUUUAGGUUGGGUCUUUGAGGCGAAGGUCAGGAGAUCCGGGGAAUGUCCCCUUUAGCAUGGACAAAAAAUCUAUCAAAAGUUUACCUAGCAUCAUCGUCUCAAGAGGCCCUUCCAGUAACAUCGGUUCAUUCAUGGGACCUCAUGGUUAUGGCACCGCAAGUUACUUUAGGGGGUGUUGAACAGCCCAAACGUUGAUAUCUAUUGUACGAGAAUAGUGAACAAUCACAUUAAUCCACUGUGGGAUGUUCAUAUUCACCCUCGCGGUUGCACCACACUGGCCUCAACACACAGGUACAGGAAUUGUGCCUCUGUACCAUUAACAUUUUGAAAAUGGCAAAUAUCACACUCGUGAUAGAUAAGCCUAGUGAAAUGUGUGUGUGUCACUAAAGUACAAAACAGUAACUGGUCCAGCGUUUUUUAAACGGGCCUGAACAUCUGCUAAUUUAAAAAAAAAACGCUUUUGUAGGCCAGUCAAAGAGCAAGGUUGCACCGUCAAAGCUAACAAACACCUGGGCAAAGCCUGCGACAGGUCUUGGUGAUAUUGAGAGGGUACCUUUAAAAAAGGUGGACAUGGGACCCACUGCUAAGGGAUGCCUUUCUGGGGCAGGAGUAAUAACAAUAUACUGUACAUUUUUUUAAAACUUUAAAAAAAAUGAAAACUAACAAAAAAAUAUAGAACAUUAUUUCCAAAAAUACUAGUUAAAAGUGUUUAGUUUUUGGAAUAAUUAUAUAAAGGUACCGACACGAACGCACUCUCACACCCAUCUCACACUCCCAUUUACGAUGCUUGCAUGAACUUUUACUUGGAAGUUUUAAAUGGGCAAACGUUUACCACGUUAAAGCACUCGUAGCUUUCAUUACUUUGGAACAAAAUUAUAACUAUGAAAUGGAUAUUUGUUCUAUUUUCGUUGUUUGAAUUUUGUCGACUGCACAGCAAAAAUAGCCCAUGGGAUUAUUUAACGGGUCACCUGCUAAAGUUUGUAACUUCACGAAGGUGACUGCUGUCCAGUGAUCUAACAACAAAGAAUAUUUAGCAUUUGCCGUUUACCAUUGAAAUUCUGGAGUUUCUGGGCCCCACAUUGCUCGUGUGUGGCUGCAUUUGCUGUUUGCCACUGCGAUGCUGUAGCUUCUGGGCCCCGCAUUGUGUGUGGCUGCUCCUGCACAUGCAUUGGGAGCUGUGCAUGGGUAUGUUCUGAGCUGUCUGGUGUCCUCCCAUAAGUAAAAAAAGGAAUUUCAUGAAAUGGAUAUUUGUGAGGCUUUCUGGGUAACUAAAACAAUAUUAAUAUCUUACAGGAUGUUGCUUAAUAUCCUACAGGGUGUUGUAGAUUUGGCACUCUUUUUUCAGAGUCACCUUAGGACGAACGGGAGGGGGUGACCAUGAUAAGACUGGCCUUGAAGGCCUGAGAAAAAGCCAGAACGAUAUUUGUGGGUCCCCAAACCCAUGUUGUGUGGAUCCUGAAUCCCUGGGCUCGCCUCAUUCCCGAUCCCCUUGGCUCCAUGGCCUGCGUAUCCAGUCUAGUCUGGCCAACUGGUCCCUGACAAACAGGGCUCGCUUUACAGACGUUACAGACUAGGAGCUACGUUCAUAAUGGCCAGUGAUGAGGUGGGGGUAAUCAUAGGGGUGAGAAUUGUGGUGCAGUCAGUCUUCUUUGCUCUUUUAUCUGCUUUAUUGGUGCUUUUGUGACUUGUAAAAUUAAUAACAAUGGUGAAAAAGGCUUCUUAGGAUUCGUUGCGGGUGAUUCUUUUGUUGAGUUAUUGGAGGUAAAAGGUAUCAUUUGAGACUAAUUUUCUUUAAAAAAAAUUAUACUACUGAUAGCUAUUACUGUGAAGAAAACUUAAGUGUUAAGUUGAAGCAUCCAUCUCACACCCCAAGAUGUGUAUUAUUUGAGAGAGAAAUGUUUAACAAGCAUUAUAACGGUGUUAUCAAUAACAGUAUUGUUAUGAUUAUUGCUGCGAUUCCGUAAUGAGAUGACUCCACUCUUCAGAUCUCACAGUGCUUGUAAGUGGUGCUUGGAUUUCGUAAUGCUGAUCGGACACUGGCACCCUCACUCUGGCUGGGCUCAACCCCCCCCCUCCCCUUCAGCUGCCAUGCGUUUGAAGGUUUUACAACUCACGUUAUGACUUUAUUUUUCGUCUCUCGGGUGACGCGAGGGGUCGGAUACCUGCGCUGCCGAGUCUCGUGUGACCACAGCCUUGGGGGUGGUGACUGAACUGACUCAAGCGGGUGACUGCAGACUUAUAUUGCCCUUGGUAAUUAUAUCUCUAGGUGUCUAGAAGUCCCUAUGUAAAGAUCUCCAGGCAUCUAGGUUCCUACGCAUCUAAAACCACAGGACUCUCUGCAUUUAGAUCUGCACGGACCUUGGUAUUUGUAUUUAUGACCACGUCUAUAUAUAUGUCUAGGGCCUCUUGGCUCUUCCAUGUCUUGACCUCCAGGCAUCUAUGUUCCUAAAUAUUUAGAUCUCCAAGCCUCUAGACCCCACCAGAGGCCUUAAGGCUUCUUGGUCCUUCCACAUCUAGAUUUCUAUGCCCCCACCUUCCUUUAAAUCAAGACCUCCAGUUCUCUAGGUUAAUACACACCUAGACUUCCAGGUCUCUUGCCCCCCUGAGUCUAGUCCUCCACCAAACCGAGUCCUCCAGGCCUCACUUCCAAACCUCUAGGAUCCAACGAGAUCAAGACAUCCAGACCCUUCACCAAAUAUCUCGAUAUUCAGCCCUCCAGACCUACAGGCUCCACUACAUCUAAAGCUCCUGGAAUCUAGAUCUUGUCUCCCCAGGCAUCUAUAGUUUCAGGCCUCACAAUUAGCCUCUAGAUUUCCACAAUUAAAGAGCUCCACAUUUGCCGAAGGCCCCAGAGCUUGGCUUCUGCACCAGCAGGUGUCCGUAUGCUCAAGUCUUUUAGAUUUUGCUGCCAUCACCAUCCAGGUUUGCAGACACCCCCUUACGAUUAAAAAUAUAUUUUAUGAAAGUAACUAAAAACGUAUACUUUAUUUGUAAAUUCAUACUCUGCAUGGGUAUUCAUACUGUACUUACAAAUCGAGUAUGGCCCUCGUGCCUUCUGCCACUCGUGGUGGUGCUGCUCCUGCCAUGCAAACUCUUCCCCCAGGUUCCGUGGAAUCUCCAAGUGCUGACGCGUGAGGACAAAGCGCCUUUUGGGUGCUGUCACGAUUUCCUCUGAGAAAAUUAACCCGAGUGAAUCAUAUUCUUGGUUCUUUCGGUAAAGUCGCGUAGAAGGGAAAUAACAAAAUAAUAAAAAUAAAACAAAAUUCUCAAGACGUUUCGGCAACAACGCAAGCAGCCGUCCUCAGAUGAAGAAGAGAGCUGGCGGAAAGACAGCGUCCCAAUGAACACUGCUAAGCUUGGCAGCGUAUUUUAAGCUGGGUGGGAGGAGGAGAGCGCCUUGACAAAGGAGUUUACAUAUCAACAAACCGAGUGAAUCAAACAAACCGACCAUUGGUGGAUUGAGAUCCAGAGCAAAAGUUAUCUGGCAUUUGGGUUUAGUACGGUUUCAUUUGGAGUGUAGUGGUUUAACCCGGAUUCUAACCCCUAAUCCUGAUCCUAACUGAAGUGAAAAUACUGUUGCAGUAUGAAUCCCCUUGCAGAGUAUUACUUUUAUGACACAUUUCAAAGCCGACACCAGGUAAUUCCAUACGACUCUGCAUCCAUCCUAUGCAAGAUAAGGUUUCAGUACAAUACGAGUCUAAGUUUGAAUCCCGUACCACUCUGAAUAUUAUUUUCAGGGUUAUGGGAAAGCGAGUUAUUUGGUGGUAUUACAGCACUUCCCAUUGAUGGGGGAGGGGUGGGGGUCAAGGUUCAGGGGAUGGGGCACAGAUUCCCCACCCCUCACACAGGAGGGCAAAUAGCUGACUAAAUUAAUCAAUACACUGUAUAAUCCACAAUUCAUAUCCAUUUAAACUCUCGGUUUUAUUAAAUAACGACAAUAAAAAACCUACUUGGAUAAUUAAAUUCAAAAUGUAGAAUUUUAACUUGAUAUAUUUUUUUCAAUUAAAUUAACUAAAGCUAAUAAUACUAAUGGAGCUCAAUUGUAUUUAACAUUUUGGAACCCGAGGUUGUAGCGCUAGUCAUGAGUACGGGAGUACGGGAGGCCGGGACACGUGAAGGGUGUUGCAGUCCUAGUCCUUGCUGUAAAUAGUCUGCCUCACGCUGACAUCGCCACCAUCACUGACAUCAUCAUCACCAUUGAUCAUCGUUAUUAUUAUUAACAAUGACGUUAACAUGAAUUACUAACUGGAAUAAAGUAUUGCUUUCUUAAA